AUGUCUUCUCUGAACACGCCCCGGAUAGAUGAGCCAGAUAUAUAGAUCAUGCGGGUAGCAAAGGAACUGUGAGAAGGAGAUAAUCACACUACAAGACUUGCUCAUCCUCAGUUUUACCUGUGACAUCCUCGCAAUGACAAGCCGGCGCAGCAAAGGAGCCACUUAAGAGGAAUUUACGGAUAUCAUUACAGCUAGGGUACUAUAUAAAAUUAGUGAGAGUAUCUAUUGGGGAUAUUCGUUGGUACCGACUUGGACUAACUUUGGAUACCUGGACAGUGACUAUCGGAGAAUAUCUAUCUAUUCAUCGCUUUCGCUUACACAUUGCAUGAAACUAAGAGUGAAGCACCAUGAGUCGGAAAACUAGACGUUGGAUUUUUCGGGUUUUGCUUUGCCUUGGGAUUGUCUAUUUGAAAAUCGGUGGCUUUUCAUCCGUGGUCGCGCUAGGUGCAAGUAUAAUCUGUAACAAGAUUCCCGGGUUGGCUCCCCGACAGCGGAUAAUCUGCCAGAGUCGCCCCGAUGCCAUUAUCGUCAUCGGAGAGGGAGCCCAAAUGGGGAUAAACGAGUGUCAGUUUCAAUUCAAAAAUGGGCGCUGGAACUGCUCUGCGCUGGGAGAGAGAACGGUCUUCGGAAAAGAGUUGAAAGUGGGCAGUAAAGAGGCUGCGUUCACCUACGCCAUCAUUGCGGCCGGAGUUGCCCACGCCAUCACUGCAGCCUGUACGCAGGGAAACCUGAGUGACUGCAGCUGUGACACGGAGAAGCAGGGUUUCUACAGUAAAGGCCAGGGCUGGAAGUGGGGCGGCUGUUCAGCAGAUAUCAGCUACGGCCUGGGCUUCUCCAAGGUGUUCGUUGACGCCAGGGAGGUCAAACAGAACGCCAGGUCUCUCAUGAACCUGCAUAACAACGAGGUGGGACGCAAGAUCCUGGAGAAGAACAUGCAUCUGGAAUGCAAGUGUCACGGUGUUUCGGGCUCCUGCACCACUAAAACCUGCUGGACUAAACUUCCCAAGUUCCGCGAGCUCGGCUACAUUCUCAAAGAGAAGUAUGCCCAUGCUGUGCACGUGGAACCGGUCAAAGCCAGCCGCAACAAGCGGCCCAAAUUCCUCAAGAUCAAGAAGCCCUACUCCUACCGGAAGCCCAUGGACACAGACCUUGUGUUCAUCGAGAAGUCCCCUAACUACUGCGAGGCGGACCCGGUGACAGGCAGUAUGGGGACGCAGGGCCGGAUGUGUAAUAAGACUGUUACGCAGCAGAUCAGUGGCUGUGACCUGAUGUGCUGCGGACGGGGGUACAACACACACCAGUACUCCCGCGUGUGGCAGUGCAACUGCAAGUUCCUGUGGUGCUGCUACGUCAAAUGCAACACCUGCAGCGAGAGGACAGAGGUGUACACCUGCAAAUGACAGUAUUUAUUGGACCGUUGGAUGUGUGUGUGUGUGUGUGUGUGUCUGUGUGUGGAUGUGUGUGUGUGUGUGCAUAGUGGACAUUUUGUAGGUAAUGGAUCAAUGCUGUUUUUGCAGCAAUAGACAUGGAGGAACCAUAAGCAGAAGAUGGAACAACAGCGAUUUUUCUGCACACAAUGCUCCUUCUCCCCUCUCAUUGGACAUAUACUGGGAUGCCUGCAACAGAUCACCAUAAAGGGAAACACACUGUGUCCUGGAUGCCAGGAUGGGACAGCCUCAGGACAUGAACUAUAACACACUGAGCUAUCUGCCAGCCAGCCAGCCUAUAUUUUUGGACUAGGUGUCAAUACUGAGACUGUUAAAAAGCUAUGGAUGUAUGUGUACUAUUUGUUGACUGUAGAGUGAAUCGAUUCCCCCAACGCUCACCAUGAAUCAAUGCUGGAUAUAAUGCUGGACUGUGCUACUACUGUAGUUCUCUGUACCUGUACACUCUUAGAAAAAAUGGUUAUAGAAGGGGUCUUCGGCUGUACCAAUAGGAUAACCCUUUUGGGUUCCAUGUAGAACCCUCUGUGGAAAGGGUUUUACAUGGAACCCACAAGGUUUC